AAGCCAUUUUAACUCCACCCAACAAUUAAGCAUACACAGUUGUGUCUUUUUGCAUUCUUCAUCUCUAUCAUGGCAGCUGAUGCAAUUGUUUCGGCUGUGCUGGAAAAAUUGACUUCAAUUGCUCUAGAUGAAAUAGAAAAAGAGGUUAGACUGGUUAUCAAUGUUCGUAGAGAGGUGGACAAACUUAGAAGCAAUUUUCGAGCCAUCAAAGCUAUUCUGGAGGAUGCAGAGCGGCAGCAAUUGGAAAAGGGGAAGGUCAACGUUCGAGAUUGGUUGGACAAGCUCAAGGGCGUCUCUUAUGACAUUGAUAAUGCAUUGGAUGAGUGGAGGACUGCAAUUCUCAAGUCAGAACUUGAACCGGAGCCGAAGGUAUGUUCCUUCGUCCCCUCUCCUUCCUAUUGCUUUAAUAGAGGGAAAUUGCUUCUCAAAACUGCACACAAGAUACAAGCGUUGAAUGAGAGGUUGGAUGUUAUUGCAAAUGAGAGAGAAAGGUAUGGGUUUAAGGUAUUAAAUAGUGAAAAACCAAAACGUGAUGAAACCACUUCUUUCAUAGAUGUAGCAGAGGUGAUGGGUAGGGUUGAGGAUAAGGAGAGGAUAGUAAAUAUGUUGCUAAAUAAGGGUAGAAAUGAAGAAAUAGGAUCAAAACUUCAGAUGAUCUCCUUGGUAGGCAUUGGGGGGAUUGGGAAGACUACCCUUGCUAGACUAGCCUUUAAUAAUGAGGAAGUAAAGUCUCAUUUUGAUGCAAAAAUAUGGUUGUGUGUUUCUGAUACUUUCAAUGAGAUGAAGAUUGCCAAAGAUAUUCUUAAAUUUGUGAUUGGUAAUGCUGAUAAGGAUGUCAUUGAGUUUGUUGUUGAAAAAAUGGAUAAAUUGAGGGGUGCUAUUACAGAAAAGGAGAAAUUAAGGGAUGCUAUUGAAAGGUUAGACAAACUGGAGGAUGUAUUGCAAUACCUUAAAACCUCAAUCGAGGGUAAGAAAUUCCUACUUGUCCUAGAUGAUGUGUGGACCGAAGAGUAUGGAAAGUGGGAUCAACUGAAACAUUUGUUGUUGAGUAAUGGUUCCCAAGGAAGCAAGAUCUUAGUGACCACGCGUAAGGAGGGAGUAGCAAGAGUCAUGGGUUGCGAAUUGUUCGAAGUAGGACAGUUAUCUGAAGAAGAAGGUUGGUCAUUGUUUAGUGAAAUUGCCUUUUUUGGGAGGUCUAGUGAUGAUCGUAGAAAUUUGGAAGAAAUUGGUAGGAAAAUUGCAAACAAGUGCAAAGGCUUGCCAUUAGCUUUGAAGACAUUAGGUGGCCUUCUGCGCUUGAAAAAAGACAUAAUAGGAUGGCAAACUGUGUUAGAAAGUGAAGUGUGGAAACUUAGAGAGGCUGAGGAAGGUCUUUUCCACCCCUUAAUGUUUAGUUAUUUUGAUUUACCACCACACUUGAAGCAGUGUUUCUCAUAUUGUGCAAUCUUUCCAAAAGACUAUGUGAUAGAGAAAAAAAUGUUAAUCGAGUUAUGGAUGGCACAAGGUUUUCUCAAGGGGACUCAAGAUAUGGAGAUGGUAGGGGAAAACAACUUUAAUGACCUGUCAAUGCGCUUCUUAUUUCAAGAUUUUGAAAUGGAUAAAAAUGGUAGCAUUAUCAAGUGCAAAAUGCAUGACAUGGUGCAUGAUUUUGCUAUGUUUCUGACUAGAGGUGAAUGUUUGACAAUGGGAAGUAGUAGCAGCAUUCAAUGUUCCAAUGGCAAAACUCGUCAUUUGUUUUUGAUGAUGCAAACAGAAGAGACUACUGCAAUUCAGACUUGCACUGAAAACUUGCACACUUUGCUUAUUGAGUCAAAUGGAAGAAAUCCUAUUUCUCAUAUUGAAUUAUUGAAAUUGUUUGAUAAGCUUAAAUGUCUCAGGAUAUUGAAAUGUUCAGAUUCUAGAAUUAAAAAGUGUCCAAAACAAAUAGGCAAAUUGAUACAUUUGAGGCAUCUUGACUUGUCAAAAAAUGAGAAGUUAAAGGAAUUGCCUGAGGCAGUGUGUGACUUGCAUAAUUUGCUUAUACUAGACAUUAGUGGAUGUUACAGACUUAAAAGACUUCCUCAUAGAAUGGGAAAUCUUAUCAACUUGUUGCAUCUUCGGAAUGAGAGGACAGCUCUGGAAUUCAUGCCUAAAGGUUUGGAGAAAUUGACUAGUUUGAAAACAUUGAAUGUGUUUGUGGUAACUCAUAAAGGAGCUGCACUUAGUGAUUUGGGGAACUUGAAUCAUCUUUGUGGGACUCUUAUUAUAGGAGGAUUGGGAAGUGUCAGAGAUCAGAGGGAAGUAGAAAAAGCGCAACUACAGAAUAAGAAGGGGAUCACUAAUUUGACUCUAAUAUCUGAUCCCAAUGUUUUUCCGAUGAGCCAAGCUAAUAAACCACUAAGUAUUGUUUUUGAAGCCUUAAAGCCGCCUUCAGGUUUGGAAACAUUGGAAUUUCCCUUGGGGAAAUUGCCUUCUCUAAAAUCACUCAGGGUGGAUGGUAUGCGGAAAGUAAAAAAGGUGGGAGUUGAAUUUUUGGGGAUAGAAAUGUCUUUGUCUCCAUCUUCAUCAUCCGUUGUUGCCUUCCCCAAUUUGAAGACACUGUGGUUUAGUCGUAUGCAAGAGUGGGAAGAGUGGGAAGAGUGGGAUUUUGGAAGCAAAGGAGAAAUCAUGCCAUGUCUUUCAUCCUUGGCAAUUGAUGAUUGUCCGAAGCUAAAGAAGUUGCCGAAUUAUAUUCUCCGAAAUACUACCCUGCAGCAAUUGAGUAUUUAUGAUUCAUCAGAUGCAUUGACUUCAAAUCUAUUAAAUGAGGACUAUAGGCCCCAUGUCUCUUGCAUUGCUAACAUGGAUGUGGAAGGGGAAAAAGUGGGCCACACAAAUCCAAUUGUGUGGCCUAGCCCAAGUUGGACAACUCCAUUGACCAACCUGAAGAAAAUAUUGAUCAUGGACUGCCACGUGGAACAUUUUCCUCCUUUGGGGAAAUUGCCUUCUCUAGAAUCACUCAUGGUGGCUUGGAUGUGGAAAGUAAAAAAGGUGGGAGUUGAAUUUUUGGGGAUAGAAAUGUCUUUGUCUACAUCUUCAUCAUCCGUUGUUGCCUUCCCCAAUUUGAAGACACUGAAGUUUGAUGAUAUGGAAGAGUGGGAAGAGUGGGAAGAGUGGGAUUAUGGAAGCAGAGGAGAAAUCAUGCCACGGUUGAGAAAAAAAAAAAAAAAAGAAGCUAUCUUCCGUCUUUUUGUAAUCUUCUCUUUUUUCAUGAUCUUGUAAUGUUUAUUUUAACAUAGUGGAUUUUCUUUUCGCCAUUGAAUGGCUAUGGAUGUUUCCCUUUUUUGGGGUUUUACCACGUUAAAAAUAUUGGUGUUCUAUUCCUUACUUUUAAAUAUUGCUUAGCUUAGAUAUAUACAAUUGAAUCUGAUUUAUAUAAUGACCAAAAGAGCUGCGAUCUUUAACAUAUGUAAUUAUGUAUUGCAUUUUACAUGUUGCAUUUUGUUGUCUCCAUGAUACCCACAAAGGACAAGGAAACAAACAGAGGCAAGGUAAAAUAGUAAAUCCCAUAGCCCUAGGUCUAUGUGCAUACAAGAAAAUUCAGUUACAAGCUGCCAAUCAGAAGAUAAGGAAAAUUCUAAAUAAUUAGAAUGUUUACUAGUCAGAAAAACAGAGUUACUAACCAAAACCACCAGCAUGAGGGAAUCAAUGAGCAGUAUCACCAGCAAGUAUUAUUUGAUUGUAGCAACAUACAAACUUUUCGGCAACUUCAACAUGUAUUACCCAUAGCUUUAUACUAAUAAUUCCAAGGCUGCUAAUAAAGAAAUAAAAUAAUUUUAAUGCU